GUCGUCGUGUCGUUUGUGCUGUGCGGCGAAGCUGACCCCGCAUGAGCGGCUGAGCCCGUUUUUCUUCGAGCAGCGUCGUCGUAUUCCGUUUUGAAGUCGCAUUUGUAACUAUGUGGUUCGAAAUACUUCCCUCCGUUGCUAUCAUCGGCGUUUUGAUGUCUAUUCCAAAUCUGACUGUUAAGCCAAUAUCUUGGCUUUACGACGGCAAGCCUUACAGGCGGGUCCUGUGUGAUGUCAGAAGCCGGGAGGAUGCCAUGCGGGACGAGCGGCUGAGUGGGCAUAUAUACACGACCAUCGGACUUGAAGGAAUUCCUGACGAGCCUGAGAAGAAAUGAAGACACAAGCAACAAAUUUUGUGUCAGGCAUUGUAGUCAUAAAGUGAUAUAAAUGACAUUUGUACAGUGAAA